AUGGGAACACAGUUGCAAAGCUUUAAUGCCUCCUCUUUUGAAGAAAACCUUGAUCUUCGUGGAUUGCCACUCAACAAGAUGUGCGCAGAAGAUAAUAUGCCUUCACCUCAAGAAGCCAAUCAUGAUAAAGAAGAAGAGGCCUCAUUGUUCUCUCAAGAAUUUUACUUGAGCAUGGGAUUGGGUUUUGUUGUUGGAUUCUGGGCCUUUGUAGGACCGUUGCUUUUCAACCGAACUUGGAGACAAGCCUACUAUAGGUUUAUGAACACAGUAACAGAUAAAAUCCAUGUCAUGGUUGAAGUUUAUGUGGUUAAAUACCUCACUAUCAGAGACUAG